AUGAGUUCCCAGGUGGCCACGUUGAGGGUGCUAUGCUGCCUGCUACUGAUGCCAGGUUUGCUAGAAGCAACAUCUCUGGUGAAGGUAAAGAACUCUGAAGGACAGUCUGUCAGGAUUGAUUCUGCUAAAGCACAUGAUUUCUUGACUAAUUCUCGGCCCAAGAGGAACAUUGAUCCAAAAUGGUACAGAGGCAGCCCCGAUUUUCAGUCUUACUACCGCUUCUACAACAGCAUCGGCCACAUUGAAGGGCUUUAUGAGAUCGACAGGAUCAGGAUGUUGUAUCAGCAGAUGCGUCAUUUGGAGCUGACUCUCGGUCCAGAUGCCUCCAGUUACCAAAAUGUCAUGGGUGUCCUGACGAGCACUGUGGCCCCCAUCACAACAACCCAGCCUCCUCCACCUCCCACCACCUCUGCACCUACGCCAGACCCUCUAGAGAAAGCUCAGACGAUUUAUCUUUGCAAUCCCAUGGACCUAUUGUGCAAACCUCAGAUUGUCUACCUGCCAACGGGGGCUGUCCCCGUACUGUGUGACCCCAGGUUCGACAGCACCUGCAGGCCCAAAACAGAAGAGGAGAUGAAAGCCGGUGCUCCAGCCCAACCACCUCCAGCUGCUACCGCCUCUGAAAAGUCGGACCCACCUGUCCCUACUGCUGUCACAGUCAAAGGCAUGGAGUACGACUGCGACCCAUACUGGGAUCCCGACUGCCUCAUUGACCACCCGCCCCGUCCUGUCCAGAAAACGUCUAACCCAGCACCCUCCGCUGAAGGGGAAGUGGUGGAAGAGGGAGAAACAAAAACUGAAGGGAGUGUCCCAGGAGUCUCACCUUCAGCCACAGAGAAAUCCCCCAGCUCUUACUUUGACCCUUAUGAUUUCAAACGUGAUCUGUAUGAUCCCUUCCGUUAUGCUGACCCUGCUCCUGAGCCACAAUAAAAGCAAAGUGCUCAAAAUAUGAUCACUUUUAUCCAGGGUAAGACGUGAAAUAUAAAUGUAAGAGCCAUAUUAGUAUCGCUUACAAUAGUUUAUAUUUGUUCUUUAAAAUGUGGAAUUGCUCCUUUAAUUAUGCUGCUGAUGACAUCACAGUAGCUUGGCUCAGACCAGAUUAAGCAGCCUAAGGAGCAAGACAGUUUUUUGACAAUACCUCAGAGUGAAUCUUGUAACUUUGUUUUUUGCUUUUAAGUAAAAUUAUUUUUGAACAGAGUUACUGCUUUGGAAGAUUCUUUUUCUCGUGUCAAGCUUAUUGCCAAGAAGACUGCUUAAUAGUAGUGGUAAAGUGGAGUAGCCAGAAGAAGAAAGAUUGCCACUACAAUAACAUAGU